AGUUCCAAACGUUGUCCUCAUUUUUCAGUUUUCACCCCCAAAAAGCCAAAAAAAAUAAAAUAAAAACUUGUCCGCACUUUCCUAACUUAAAUGAAUGGAAACCGUCAUUCAAACUCUGAAAACCCUAGUUCUUUAUGGGAGUAAAACAAAGAGACGAACCGAUAGCAUGAAUCUGCAGCCAUGAAAAAUCUGUGCAUCUCCCAAAUAGUAUACCCAGAACUCCGAACGACCGCCAGACUCAAGUUUGGCGACAAUUUUUAUGUCUGGAGGAGCAAAGUUGGAUUUGUGCUUGUCGACAAUGGCGUCGAUUACGUGCUCACCUUACCCAAGCCUUCAAAGGAAGACGACCCUGCCGGCCACGACAAGUGGGUCCGCGACAACAUCACCGCUCGCUGCAUUCUCGUGGGGUCUAUCCAUGAGUAUCUUUUCAUUGAUACUUCCGAAGACGAGACGGCCAAGGCUUUAAUGGACCGCAUUACGGCUUUAUUUACCAGGCCUUCCCUAAGCAAACGCAUGGUUUUGCUCCGGCGGUACAUGAGGCGCCAGAUGAAGGAAGGAACGAGUAUUAAUCAGCAUAUAAUUGAGAUGGAUGCCAUGGUGGCGGAGAUGGCAAGGGAGGGAAUGAAGGUCCCUGAAGCAAUGCAAGCGGCGGCUCUGAUGAACAGUUUUCCGGAGAGUUGGAGGGAUGUGAAAGUAAAUAUAACUGUUAACGUGGAACUGGAUCGAAAUGAUGAAAAGAAGGGGUUGCAGAGUGUUGUCAAUAGGUUGAAGAAUGCAGGGGCGUGGAAGGAGUUGUUCUGUCCCUGUGACAGUAAGCCUGAUAGCGAAGAGAGUUCUUCCAUGGAUUCUUCGACCUUUGAUGGAAACUGUUACAAUUGUGGGGAGUACGGGCACCGUUAUGCUAAUUGUCCUAACUAGGUUUCUUGGUUUUCUCUGAGGAGGCAAUGCCAUUAUUUUGGAGAUGAUUUCGAUGGAUGUUAAUGUUGCCAUUUUCGCACUCUAAUCUCUCUGUUAGGCUUUUAGGGUUGAGAUUGUGACUAUGCUUUUUCUUUGCUGGUUUAGCUGCUGUCUUUUAUUAUCUUGUAUAAACUUAUAUUUUGUAACCAGCCCUUUUUUUUGUUAAGGGUUCUAUUCCUCUAACUUGGAAAAAAAGUAUGAUGCAGAAAAAUGUGCUUGCUAUUAGGAAUAUGCACUUGGGAAAGAUGGUCUUGAAAACCUUGUGUAAAGUGAUUAUUGGAUCAUGGAAUGGGAUUAUUAUGGUAUAUAUAAUAAUCUUCCCUGAAUGUC